CUAUCCGGGUUUACAAAUAAAGAAUGUUUUAGAUUUCUCGUCUCCUUCGACCUUCCCAACGCCGGGUCUCCUCCUUUUCGACGAACUCUUGGCCACCACCGAGGGGAGCGCAGCGGAGAAGGCUAUACAUUGGCAUGUUAUCUGCCUUUAUUUUUGUGUGUCAUAUGAGGUUCUUUGUUUGCCUCUAAAGUUAACAUUAUAGCUCGUUAGAAGAAGAUCAACAGACAUGUUCUCAUUAUUUUAUGGACUCUGGAAUUAUAUGUUCAGCAAGACUGAAUUCCGGGUUCUGAUUCUUGGAGUCGACAAGGCUGGGAAAACUACUUUACUGGAGAAGUUGAAAUCAUCGUACUCAAACACAGAAGGGCUCCCUCCUGAUAGAAUAGUUCCAACAGUUGGGCUGAAUAUUGGUCGAGUUGAGGCUUCAAAUGCAAAACUUGUUUUUUGGGAUCUUGGAGGUCAGAUUGGUUUACGCACAAUCUGGGAGAAAUACUAUGAGGAGGCACAUGCUAUAAUGUAUGUUAUUGAUGCUGCUUGUCCAUCAUCAUUUGAAGAUUCCAAAUCAGCAUUAGAAAAAGUACUUAGGCAUGAAGAUUUACGAGGCGCACCACUUCUGAUACUAGCAAACAAGCAGGACCUGUCUGGAGCAGUCUCAACUGAGGAAAUAGCAAGAUAUUUGGAUCUGAAAGGGUUAAAUGAAAAACUAUGUAUGUUUGAAGCUGUAUCUGCAUUCAAUGGAAUAGGAAUUAAAUCUGCUAUCAACUGGUUAGUGGACGUGAUGGAAAGAAGCAAGCGCACAGAUAUGCUUAGAGUUCGUGCGGGCAUAAAUGGGUAGCAAUUUCUAACCAUGUUGUCUUAUGAUCAUUGCAUUCUGUUUCUCCUUACGGCAUCAUGAGGUUGUGAGUCUGAUCACUUGUUCUAACCAUAUAGCAUGGCAUUUGUAAAUCUGUUAAGACAUUUGUAUGUCAUUGCUAUAUGUGGAAAUAUUCUAUCCAGAAUAGCCAAUAAAUUAAGGGAAAUACAUAGAAAUACAUUUGGUCUAUAGGAAUACAAACAGAAUUGUUCUCUAGUUCUUUUCUUUCAUGUUGCUAAUAAUUCUACCAUGUAGUUUGAGGGGGCCCUUAAGAUAUUAUUCUUUUUGCCAAA